AUGGUUGAAACUAACGAUUAUUUGUGUUGUUUAGUGUGUGUGUGUGUUCAUCAACCGUCGUCAUCUUAUUGCACAUCUUUAAUACCUCCGCCACCAUCGACAAAUUUAUUUCACAGAUCAUCAUGUCAUAAACGACACCAUCAAACGACGAAAGACAUCAUUUUAUGUUCAUGUGGCCAUCAUUCAUAUCUUCAACAUAAAAUAAAUGGUAGCAAUCAAACUAAUAUUAACACUAACUCGACAUUAUUCUCUACUAUGGAUCGGUGUACACAUUCCAAUACAAAUAUGAAGCCUAUUUCUGAACAUCAAAUCGAACAUUCGAAUUCUUCAUCGAACAAUUCUAAUACAUCACCACCAACGAGCACAAGCAACGACGAUGAAUCAGGUUAGUUCCAUGGGGAGAGAACAAAUUCAUUUUUACAUUUCGCAUGUUUUUCUACUAUACGUACUGAAAUAACAUUCCUUGAUCAGUCUUCUUCCUUACGGCAUUUCUAAUUGAAUUAACUCACACUUUAGAAAAGACACCAUACUA